CGUUCGCCUCGUUAUCGUUUCGACCAAAAAAGGAAGGUUUCUCAAUGGAGUCACUGGUUCUAUCAUCAUCAUCUUCUUCAUCUUCGUAUUCUUCAAUUGGUGGCUUUCUGGAGCAAAAACACAACUUAAAUCAACAUUUAAGAAAUGGAUUCACUUUAUCUUUCCCCUUUUCUUCGCAAAAUUUGCCUUUUAGCGUCAGAAAAUCAGUAGUUAUGGCCGCCAAGAAAAAUCACAAUUCCGACAAGAAGAAACAAGAUCGACAUAGCUUUGUAGCGAAACCAGAUGAAACCACUGGUAUUUUCCCUGAAUCAGUUUUGCUUAAACAGAAAGUAGUUCAAGAAGAUGGUAAACUUCUUCCAGAAUUUGCAGAUGCUGAUGAACAGGAACUCUAUGAAGCUCUAAAUCUUAUGCUAGAAAGUGAUUUGGAUGAUGAACGAAACCGACACUAUGAAGUGGUCUAUUUAAUCCAUGAGAACUUUGAAGAAGAAGUUGAGAAAGUAAAUCUUAAAAUUCAAGAGUUUCUAACAGAGAAAAAGGGCCGAGUUCAUAGAUUCAGUGACUGGGGACUUCGAAGACUCGCAUACAAAAUCCAAAAAGCAAAAAACGCGCAUUACAUCUUGAUGAACUUUGAGAUUGAAGCAAAAUGGAUCAAUGAAUUCAAGAGCUUGCUUGAUAAAGAUGAGAGAAUCAUCCGACACCUUGUCAUGAAACAAGAUGAAGCUGUCACGGAGGAAUGCAUCCCUCCACCUGAGUUUCACACUCUUCGUGCUGACAUGGAUGACAAUGAUGAUGAUGAUGAUGAUGAAGAAGAUGAAGAUGUAAUGAAUGUGGAUGAUGGUGAUGAUACGGUUAUCAUUUAUGUUGAUGAGGAUGAGGAUUUGGGUGAUCAUGGAAACCGCAAACCCGCAAGUUUAAAGGUUGGAGGAACAAGAAAACUUGAAAAAUCUGGGAAAUUUAGUCGAUAGUUGUUGUUCUUGUUCUUGGGACCUUGUGAUGUAUGUGUUUAUGUUUUAAGUUUUUGUUUGUUGUUGUUAUAUGAACCAAGAAUCUUUAUAACUUUUUUUUGAGACCGAUGAUAGUUUUGACUAUUAAAGUCAAAUGUGUUGAAUUUG